CCCGUCAUGCACUUUCAGAAACAUGGUGGCUGAGAACUUCCAUAACAUUGGUUGUGUCACUGUUAGGACAUUGUUGUAGUUGUGAAUGUAUGUAAGGACUAACUGGUGUUAAAGUGGAGUCUGCGCCAUGCCGAAGUACUACGACGAAAAAGAGGAGGAUGGCCGGGCCUGCGCCGGCGUCCGAGAGGACUUCAGGGCCUGUCUGAUGCAGCACGACUGCGUGGUGAAGGAGGGGAAGAUGCCCAGUGAGUGUCUGAAGGAAGGCCACUGCAAAGCCCUGCAGACGUCCUUCUUCGAGUGCAAGAGGUCUAUGAUUGACACACGGUCGCGGUUCAGAGGAAGGAAAGGAUAUUGAGGACUGAACCCUGGACAUCUGUAAAUACUUGUAUUUAUUAAAUCAUUCAUCAGCGUGGCUCACUAGGCCAAGGAUGUGCAUCCUCAUCUGAAAUGUGUCAAAAAGUGGGCAGUAAAGGUCUACCUAACGUUAAUCUGACAUACAACACAAGCAACAUGAAGCGCUGAAAACACGGGAGCUUUUUUUGAAUGAAUGUGUGUGUUUGUUGUGCUAUGAGCUGAUGUAAUUAAAGAAAUGGUACAAAAUAAAGAGUUCUUAUUCAAAUUUUAA